CUGAGUGCAAUGGCUUCAUUGGAACCAGCUCAAAAUAAAACCUGGGAUUUGUCGUUGUAUGAACUACAACGCAAACCUCAGGAAAUAAUUACAGACAACACUGAAAUUGCCGUAUCCCCAAGGAGUUUACACAGCGAGCUAAUGUGUCCCAUCUGUUUAGAUAUGCUGAAGAAGACAAUGACCACCAAAGAGUGUUUACAUCGUUUCUGUCAAGAUUGUAUUAUUACUGCAUUGCGUUCGGGUAACAAAGAGUGUCCAACAUGCCGUAAGAAAUUGGUGUCAAAACGUUCUUUGCGGCCAGAUCCUAAUUUUGAUUUGUUGAUAUCGAAAAUCUAUCCCAGUCGCGAGGAAUAUGAGGCUAUACAGGAGAAGGUUAUGGCUAAAUUCAAUCAAACUCAAUCACAACAGGCAUUGGUCAAUUCCAUUAACGAAGGCAUUAAAUUACAAAGUCAAAAUCGACCACAGCGUUUCCGCACCAAAGGCAGUGGUGGUGGCCGUGGUUCCCAAGCAAAUGGCACAAAUCACAAUUCAUCACAUGCACACAAUGUUUCUAACGAGAGCAAUACAAAUGGCAACGAAAGCGAUAGUAAUCGAGAAAAUUCCACUGGACCGGCAAAUGUUGCAGCACGGGCAGCUACUCCACCACCACCCACACAUUCUACAACGCCAUCCACAGUCGCCAACAACAUUGUGGCAACAUCAUCAACAGGCAUGGCAAAUCAAGGGGCCAGCACCUCCACAACACGCAUGGAUGAUGGUGGCUCCAAUCCACCCUCAGUACGUUCUACACCCUCCCCAGUUCCCUCGAAUUCAAGCAGUUCAAAACCCAAACGGGCAAUGUCAGUUUUGACCUCCGAACGUUCUGAAGAAUCUGAAUCCGAUUCACAAAUGGAUUGUCGUACCGAAGGAGAUUCCAAUAUCGAUACCGAAGGUGAGGGUAAUGGGGAAUUGGGUAUAAACGAUGAAAUAGAAUUGGUCUUUAAACCCCAUCCCACAGAAAUGGCUGCCGAUAAUCAGCUGAUGAAGGCCCUUAAAGAGAAUUGUAUACGUUACAUUAAGACCACAGCAAAUGCCACGGUCGAUCAUUUAAGCAAGUACUUGGCAUUACGUAUGACCCUCGAUUUGGAUUCCGAAUUACCCGAAGCAAAUCGUAUGCUUAAUUUAUGUAUUUACAUUGCACCACAGCCCUCGCAAUUGGUCAUAUUGAAUGGCAAUCAAACGCUGCAUCAGGUCAAUGAGAAAUUCUGGAAGGUAAACAAACCCAUGGAAAUGUUCUAUUCAUGGAAGAAAUCUUAAAAAUGGCUGUUACCUUCUGGAAGGCCAUUCCAGAAAAUGACAACUAAUAGACAG